AUGGGGAACAGAGAUGAUGAAUACGAUUUCUUAUUCAAAGUGGUGCUGAUCGGAGACUCCGGCGUGGGGAAGAGUAACCUGCUGUCCCGUUUCACACGGAACGAGUUUAACCUGGAGAGUAAGAGCACCAUCGGAGUGGAGUUUGCCACUCGCAGCAUCCAAGUGGACGGCAAAACCAUCAAGGCUCAGAUCUGGGACACAGCAGGACAGGAGAGAUACAGAGCCAUCACCUCAGCGUACUACCGUGGUGCGGUGGGCGCCCUGUUGGUCUAUGACAUCGCUAAACAUCUUACCUAUGAGAACGUGGAGCGCUGGCUGAAGGAACUGCGUGAUCACGCUGACAACAACAUCGUCAUCAUGUUGGUGGGAAACAAGAGCGACCUGCGUCACCUCAGGGCGGUGCCCACCGACGAGGCUCGAGCCUUCGCAGAGAAGAACAACCUGUCCUUCAUCGAGACGUCAGCCUUGGACUCCACAAACGUAGAGGAGGCGUUUAAAAACAUCCUCACAGAAAUCUAUCGGAUUGUAUCACAGAAGCAGAUCGCUGAGAGAUCUGCGCAUGACGAGUCUCCCGGCAACAACGUGGUGGACAUCAGCGUCCCGCCCACCACUGACGGGCAGAGAGGCAACAAACUGCAGUGUUGCCAGAACCUGUGACAUCACACCG